AAAACCAAACGAGGAAAGAGAGAGAGAGAAUGGAUAGCGAAACCCUAAUUGAAUCGGCGAUUAGAGUUCUGAACACAGCCAACCCGUACGAAAAAGCUCGGCUUGGAGAUUCGAUUGCCGUUAAAUGGCUCCAAGGCGCUAUCUCCGAACCGUACGAUCCCACCGUCGAUCUCCCCGUCAUGGACAGGCCAGCUCGUCUCACCAACGUAAAACUGGUGUCUCCGAGUCUGAUGCCAAAGCUGGGGAAAGCUGGUAGCUUGCAGAGCAGGCAAGCGAUUGUUCACAGUCUUGUUCAUAUCGAAAGCUGGGCUGUUGACUUAUCAUGGGAUAUAAUUGCUCGUUUUGGCAAGCAAGAGAAGAUGCCGAGAGAGUUCUUUACGGACUUUGUUCGUGUAGCUCAGGACGAAGGCCGUCACUUCACGCUGCUUGCAGCUCGGCUUGAGGAGAUUGGUUCUCGUUACGGUGCAUUCCCUGCCCAUGACGGUCUUUGGGACUCUGCAACCGCCACUUCUCAUGAUCUCUUGGCUCGCUUGGCUAUAGAGCAUUGCGUUCACGAGGCUAGGGGGCUAGAUGUAUUGCCCACGACGAUAUCGAGGUUUAGGAACGGAGGAGAUAACGAGACAGCAGAUUUACUGGAGAGAGUUGUGUACCCUGAAGAAAUCACUCACUGUGCAGCUGGAGUAAAAUGGUUCAAGUAUCUAUGUGCACUGUCCAAGAAUCCUGAAGUUACCGUCAAUAGCGUAGAAGCAGAUGAUAUCCUUGAAGAGAUAAUCCAAAAGUUUCAUUCGGUAGUAAGAGAGCAUUUCAGAGGACCGUUGAAACCACCUUUUAAUGCCGAAGCAAGAAAAGCUGCUGGUUUUGGCCCUCAAUGGUAUGAACCUCUUGCUGUCAAAGAGAGCAAUGCCUAGAAAAAUCAAACAUGUCUUCUUCUUUUUUGAAGUUGUUUUGUAAUAUGCAUCUUUAAUCUUUGGAAUACAUUUUUUUGAACUAUUUGAAGAAACAAAGUCGAGUACACAUGCA